GAGAUACCGCAGCCAUGGCGGCGCCGAACUUAUGGGAUGUGUUCGGCAGAAAGAAGUUCGACCGAAUGGUGCUUGGGAAGCCGGAAGACGAGGGAGGAAGUGAGAUAUGUAAAGGGAUACGAGUGAGAAUGUUCGAGGAGUAUCAGGCGUCUACUCAUUACCUCCGCAAGGACCUCGGCAGGUUCAAGCAGCAGGGCGUCAGCGGUACGGUUGUGCGAGUGUUACCCGGCAAGUUUGCAUGUGAGGUAGAGUGGGAGAACGGGCAGCGGGGAAUCUACUUCAUGAGCGCCUUGUACGCCUUCAACACUGAAGAGAAAGUCAAAGACAAGGGUGGGGAGGGCAAGCUGGACAUGGUAGCCCAGCAGGAGCAGAGCAAGGCUCGCAUGUCUGCCAACAUGGCGAACUCCAUGAGUUUUCAGCAGAUGCGAGCAAAAUUCAAAAACUCUCAGUGAUUCCCCAUUAUCUCAGCUGGAGAUCCUUCCGGUGUCGCCAUCUCAGUUAUCACCUCCGUUUCAUCGAAAAAAUUCCUCCUUCAUCACAUCCCUGUCAACUCUCUCUCUCUUGUUCAAUGUACUUUUCAUUUCUCGAUGUCUAUUUACAUGUGUUAAGGUAGUCUUGUUUGUAAAAAUGUUCAGAUUUCC